AAUGAUCACAUUCUGCUCGGAGUCUCUACACCAGCCGCACCUCCUUCAGUCAUGAGCAAGAUCAUCGUCUACGACGGUUCUAACUUCCAGGGCCUCAGCAAAGAGUUCACCUCUGAUGUUCCCAAUUUAAAGAGUCUGAAUUUUGAUAACUGCAUCUCGUCGCUGAAGGUCAUCGGGAAUCCAUGGGUGGCCUACAAAGAUGCAAAUUUCGGCGGUGAACCAGCUGUUUAUGAAGAAGGAGAAUAUCCCAGCGUGUACUACAAUAACAUUUCGUCACUAGAAAUGGUGACAGAGGACCUGGAUAAUCCCCAGAUCACACUGUAUGAAGAUCAAAACUACAAGGGCCAGAGCCUCGUCCUCGACUGUGAGACCAGCUUGCUUUACGGCGCUUUUAAUGACACAGUAUCUUCUCACAAGGUGCAGAAAGGAGCCUGGGUUCUGUAUCAGCAUAAAGACAGAGGAGGGCAUAAGCUGGUGGCCAGAGUUGGUCGUGACAUGCCGAAGUACGAUUGGUUUGACAACCGCUUUUCCCACGUCCGUCCCCUUAAAGCUGGAAGAACGAUUGUUAAAGCAGAAGUUCAGUGGGACAAGAAGACCGAACAUGUAAAAAGUGUAAUGAUUGACGACUUUACUGGCGUGAAUAACGGAUCAGAAAAGCAAACCUUCACCACUGACAUGAUUCGAGAAUAUUCAGGAUCCGUCACUGAGAGCUUCAGCUUUACCAAUACCACACAGAUCAGUGUGGGAACCAGAUUCGAUAUAAUGUUUCUUAACGCUGUUGCAAUGAACACUUUAAAUAUCAGUAACACCUUUAGUGUGGAAGUGGGCAAAAGCAACACCAAAACCACUAGUGAAAGCGUCAGGGUCUCGUUACCAACCACCAUCCCUCCUCACACCAAGCUCACAGUGAACGUGGUGAGGAAGGAGGUGGCCAUUACAGUGCCGGUCAAGCUGACCAUCACCACUGGCUUUACGUCUAAGGUCGAGUAUGGAGAGUACAAGUGCGAGAAGGGGAACUCUAUUAUGGCCGAGUACAAGGAGGAGAAGCUACAGCCAAAAAAAGUAAUAACAGAAAUAUUCUAGAAAAUGAAUUUGCUUGAUUUGAGUGAAUUUGACUGAGAAAUCAAAAAUAAAAGUGGUUAUUACUCAUUUAUUGUAAAACUGUUCACAGUGCAGUCUUUUUACCCUGAGUUUAUUUUCGGCUUUUAAACUGGUUUCAUUUUAAACUUCAAUAGUUUUUACUUAACUUUGGUUUGGCUUUGAAGUUUUUUAAAUACAAAUCCACUUUUGUGCAUCAUGAUGUCUUGACUUUAAAAACAGGAGUAAAGUUGAAUGUAACAUUGUAAUAUGUUUUACUUAAAGCCUGCAAUCAGAAUAAUCUUCUCAUAUACACUAUGUGGAGAAGUAUAUUAGGCCACCUGACAUGUCCAGCCAUAUGCGGUUCUUCUCCAAACUGGUAGCAUGAAAUUUUUUACUUCACUUGAACCAGAAGACCGAAAACUGUUCCAGCAUGGUGACGUCCCUGUGCACAAAGCCAGCUCCAUGAAGAUCUGCUUUCUAUAAUUUAAAGUGGAAGAUCUUCUGCUUCAACCCUACUAAAAACCAUCGAGAUGCACUUGUGUCUGAAUGAGCACAAAUCUCCAUAAGAACACUCCAAAAUCUAGUGCAACAUCUUCCCAGAAGAGUGGAGAUCAUUCUAACAGCAAACUAAAUGUGAAAUGGGAUCUUCAGAAACCACAUACCAACCUUAUGGUCAGAUGUCCACAAACUUUUGUUCAUAUAGUGUAUCAUUAACAAAUGUUCAAGAGUAUCUUAAAGUUUUUGUUCUUACACUACAAAUAAAUGAAUAAAUGAGUGUGGA